AUGGUCGUCCAGACGCGCAAGCGAAAGGCCGCCCAGGAGCAGGCCAACGCCGCCGCCACCACCACCUCCAGCACCAGCACCGCCGCCGCGACGGCCAGCAAGAAGCAGAAGCUGCCCGUGCGGUCAAAGGGGGAGGAGGAAGGUGACAUCGAUGGAAAGCGACCCGGCAAGGCAGCCUCCAAGACGGCGAGCGCCAAGACGAGCAACGUGAUCACGUUUGACGACGAGGGCAACGCGGACGGCGAGCUGCUCGUCCCCGCCGCGGCGACGGCGGCCAGCAAGGCCGAGGCCGAGGCGCAGGAGGAAGAGGACAGCGACGACGAUGCCGCCCCCGAGGCAGUGUCUACGGUAAAGGCCGCGUCUGAGAGCAAGAAGUCGGCACAGGCGGCGCAGAAAGCCGCGCGAGAGCACGCAGCAGCCGAGAAGAAGAAGCGCCAGGAGCGCGACGUCCUCCUCAAGAAGCAGGCCGAGGAGCGCAAGCAGGCCGAGAAGGAGGCCAAGGCUGCUGCUGCCGCCGCCGCGGCACCGCAAGACGACGCCGACGGUGCCCCGGACUCGGGGUCCGAAUCCGGCAAGCCCGCCGCCAAAGCAGCGGCCGGAGGCAGGAGACGCGCAGAGAAGAUGGAGAUCCCGGACCUGCUACCCGACGAGUUCCUGACGGAGUCGUCUGACGAAGGCGACGACGACGGUGGUGACGACCGCGAUGGCGACGGCGGGCGCAGGAAGCGGGCGAGAAACGUCGCGGCCGUGGAGAGGCGGCUGGCGCGGCAGGACAGAGGCCCGCGGGACGAGCAGCUCGGGUCGACCGUCUUCCGCGUGGGCAGGGUGGAGGACGAGCGCAUGGCGCCCAAGGCCAAGGCCUACUCCAAGAGCACCAAGGAGCUGCUGCUCAAGAGGAACAGGACGCCGGUGAAGCCGCGGGGCGGGUUCCUCGCCGCCAAGAAGUGA